GCGCUUUAUUUCUUGCGUUCUCUCUGCAGUCAGCAGACCAUUCAACUUUCAACUGUUGAGUGUUAAGGAGUUGAGGUUAGGUUAAGUCUGAGUUUGAUUUUGAAGUUGCAAAUUGAUUGUCAACAUUUAGGUAGUCAACAUUCAACAAAAGAAUCGAAAAAUGGGUUGAUAGGAUUAUAGGAGACGCAUUCAAAUAUUGAAAUACAAAGGAACAAAAUAGAUUAGAAAUUUCCAGUGGUUUAUCAGAAUGUUGGUAAUCCAAAUGAAUGUAUAAAAAAAAUCAUAUAAAUACAAUCACAGAUCUUUCAAUCCAAGAAAAUUUACCAAUGAUGGACAUAUUAUAUACAGUUAAUAAAAAGGAAGAUACUUUUACUAUCAAAGAUGUAGAUGAAUCAAUAUCAGACCCUAUUAAUAUGGAGAUUAAUACUAUGAAAAGUAUGUUUGUCAAUCCUGAAGAACUGGAAGAUCAUAGCAAUCUAAGCAAUCCCAGUAGCAAUCCAAGUGAUGAAAUCAAAUUGGAAAAUGAUUCAAAGAAUUUCAGCUUGAAUUCUACAGACUAUAAAUGUGAAGUUUGUGGAGAGAUCUUUAUCAAAUAUGCUGAAUUCAAAGUACACAGGAAAAACCAUUAUCUAGAGAAAAGAAAGUGUCACAUCUGCAACAUCACUCUUCAAAGCAUUGGAAAGCUACAAGAACAUGUUUACAAGCACUUGGGAAUGAAACCAUUCAGUUGCGAUGAAUGUGGAAAGUCUUUUAUAUCCAAGAAUCAUGUGAAAUUACAUAAGAGGUGUCAUAAUAAAGAAAAAACUUUCCAAUGCAGCAAAUGUGAUAAGGCAUUCAGGAACAGUGGAUCUCUAAGAAGCCAUCAACUUGUUCAUGCUGAAAAAGUUCAAGAGUUCAUUUGCAAGGUGUGUAAUACUGAUUGUAAAAAUCUUCCCGACUUCCGAAAACAUAUGGUUGAACAUGGGAAGAAGUCUGAAAUUAAAUGUGGUGUAUGUGGUGCGACUUUCAUGAGUGAUCGCUCCUUAGAAUGCCAUCUACAUUGUCAUAAGGAUCUGAAAUUUCCUUGUGAAUUUUGUGGCAACAUUUAUCCUUCGAUGUACCGUGUCAAAAGGCACGUCAAAAGGGCUCAUAUUCCCAAUCGAUGUGAAGAAUGUAAUGAGGUGUUUUAUGACAGAGCUCAGUUCACGAAACACGUCAAAAAUCACAAUUUGGAUAAACCUGUUGAAUGUAAUAUUUGCCAGAAAAAAUUUGACAAGGGAAAAAAUUUGUCCGAACAUAUAAGGCUCCAACACAAGCAAGAUAAAGAAAAACAGAAAUGCCAUAUUUGUGAAAAGGAGUUUCCAAAUGCUGCACUAUUAAAGAAUCAUGUGAAGACACAUGAUAAAAGUUUCAAAUGUCCAGACUGCCAUAAAGUAUUCUCAUCCAGGUUCAAUCUCAAGACACAUUCCAUUACUCAUUCCGGAGAAAGAAAUCAUAAAUGUGAUAUCUGUCAAAAAAGUUUCACCACAAAGGGCAGCUUGAAAAAUCACAAGGCCGUUCAUAGUGAUGAAAGGCUGUUUCAGUGCGAACAAUGUGCCAAAACAUUCAAAACUAACCGUAGACUAUAUUCUCAUAAAUUCUCGCAUGCUACUGAGCAGAAAUUUCAAUGUGAAAUUUGUUUGCAGAAGUUCAGGGUGAAACAGUACCUCAAAUACCACAUGACCAAACAUUCCACUUUGAAGCCGUUCCGAUGCACUAUCUGUUCGAAGCGCUUCAAGCACAAGAAAUCAUACGAAAAACACAUGAAUUCCAACAAACACAAGAUUCGCGAGGAUGAACACGAUUGCGAUUUCUGUGAUGACAGUUUCACUACGAGAGAUUCGCUCCUCGAUCAUUUCGCAUCGGUCCAUCAUAAGGAGAACGUGAUCAACAGUUUGAGAGACUGCGAAGGUAUUGAAAAUUCCGAAGAUGGGCUCGAGCCUGACGCGGACAAUUUCGGAGAUGAUGGGAAUUCCGACGAAGACAUCAAACCCGAUUUGGGUGGAUGUGGAAUCAAUCUUAUGGCCAAAGACGAUGUGAAAGAAGAAUGUAGUGAUGAAAAUCCUGAAUUGGAGUAUAAGGUGAAAGUAGAGACCGAUGUUGCUGGUUAUAUGGAGUAAGUCAGUGAACUUGAU